AGGCGCGAAAAUGCGUUCCCGCCAAAACUCCGUAGUGAGCAAAAACCAAUUUCCCAAACCUAUCCCUCUACUCGGAAAAUGGGAAGGGUAGGGCUUCUACAUUUUUAGGGUUUUCCUUUUAUUAUCACUCCGCAUAUUUGAAAACUAGGGUUUCUUUGAACUCUGAAGAGAUCUUGCAUUUGAAGGAUGGUGAAAUUGUUUUUCUAGGGUUUCUUUCUUAGUGGGAACAUUGAUAGUUGAAAUGGUGAUUUGGGCAAUUGAUUCUACGGUUUCAGCAGAUAGAUUGAAAGAUUGAAGGAGAGCUGCCCAUGAUCUGCACUUAAUCAAUUAUCCUAACCACAAUGGAACAAGAGAUAAAAUCUGAGUUCAUUGAAAAUAAUUUCUCCCUUGAAGAUGAGGACGAAAUUCUUAAUAAAUGUGUUGCCUUUUGCAUUAAUUACAAGCUAAGCCCUUCUGAUCUGGUCUCCAGUUGGGUAGUCUAUUAUCUCAACAUGCAGCUUGAUGGAUCCAAGGUGCAAAAUGCUCAUGUGGAUGGUUUUCUCCAUCACCUUCAGAAUAAACAGAAGCAUAAUAUUCUUAAGGAAGAGUCCAAUGUACAUAUGUACUCCAGCAAUGACGUGAACAUGUUGUUGGGUGAGGAACACAAAGAUGGUGAAGAGGGUAUGCUUGAUACCCCAAUAAAACAGUCUUAUUUUGACAACCUCAAUGAUCUAUCAACCCCCAUCUCUAUGGAUAGAUCUCCAGAAAGGAAUGGGAAGUCUAUUUCUGAAAAAUCUUCAAGAAGGACGAGCAGUCAAGCAACCCCUUUUGGCCAACGAACAAACAAAUUUUUGUUGCAGCUUUCAUUUAAUUCUCAUUCUAAAGCAGAUGAUACAAAAGACCUAGAAAUUGACGCUUUAGGAGAUGAUGUCAUUAGAAGAGUCCAAGAUAUUGAAAGUUGUUCCUUGCAAGUUCAAGGCUCGUGGCCAAAACCAGGUUUCCGCUUCAUGUAUGACAAAGUUGAGGACAGGUUUAAUGCCCUUGAAAAUCGCAUUCGAAGACUUUCAUCUGCACUGGUUGCCUCAGGAGAAUGUGGAGAACCCUCUGAUGCUACUUUGGCCUCACAGAAAACAUUAUUUUCUGUCGGAAUGGUAUGCUGUGAUGGAGAAGGGCGUCUGAAUGACAAGUCGAUUUUAUUUCAGGGCAGUGUGGAGCAUUCUGGGGGCCAGCGAGUGCGCCUUGACCUCAAGAAUUUGGUUCAGUUUUCCUUAUUUCCAGGUCAGGUGAUUGGAAUUGAGGGACACAAUCCUAGUGGCCACUGUUUCAUCGCAUCAAAAUUGGUCGACUCUUUUCCACUUAUUGGUUCUUCUGAUUUGGAUUUGCCACCUGCAAAGAAGCAAGCCACGGACCAAAAUGGUGAACCGGCCACAAAGGCUUCAAGAGAAUUAUCAAUUGUUAUUGCAGCAGGUCCUCUCAGUACCACUGAUAACCUAUUAUUUGAGCCACUAACAGAAUUGCUUGCAUAUGCUAGGAGGAAACAACCACAACUUUUGAUAUUGAUGGGGCCAUUUGUUGAUACUGAACACCCCAAGAUAAAGAAAGGAACCAUUGAUGAAAGCUUUGCUGAAGUCUUCCAAGAGGAAAUUCUAAAUAAGCUGCAUGACUAUUGUGCACAUAUGGGUCCGGCUGCUCGUAUUGUGCUGGUUCCAUCUACCCGUGAUGCUCACAAUGACUUUGUUUUCCCUCAGCCUCCAUUUGAAAUCUAUCCAUCGACAGAUCCUGAUCAGCAAAUUACCUGUCUUGCGAAUCCUGGGGUUUUAAUCUCAAAUGAGAUUACUAUAGGAUGCUGCACUGCAGAUGUCCUAAAGCAGCUCAGUGGUGAGGAGGUUUCACGGAUGAGCACUGAUGCACUGUCAAUUGACCGUAUUGGACGCCUUGUAUCGCAUGUCAUAAAGCAACGCUGCUUCUACCCUGUUUACCCGCCUUCAGUAGGACUGCCUUUGGAUUUUUCUAUUGCACCCGAAGCAUUACAUAUGGCUUCCAUACCUGAUCUUCUUCUCAUGCCUUCUGACCUUGCGCCGUUUAUUAAGGCUCUACCUUUUGGAGAAGGUAGUGAUACUGAAAAGUACUCAAGAUGUCUAUGUAUCAAUCCUGGAAGAUUGGCCAAGGGAGUUAGUGGAGGUACUUUUGUCGAGCUUAGCUACCUUAAUAAUCCUGACCAAACAAGUGCUUCGAUCAUCCGAAUUUGAGCAUGUCUCUUUGCCGAAAACACAUCCCUUUGUAUUUAUUGAAAUAUUUGUUAGUUAAUGUUUUCAAGUGAUUGGCAUCUUUAGGUUGAUAGAUUAGUACAAUACCAAGAAUGGGAAUUCUUAACGCCUAGGAGUUAUUCCACCUUGUCUGAGCCUCCUUGCAUGCAUUGCAGCGCACGUGCGGUGGCACGUACAAACACAAACACAAACACAAAGAGAGAGAGAGAGAGAGAGAGACUCUUUUAGUAGAUCUAGGCUCCUUGAAUAAGUGUCCCAUAGUAGUCAUUGUAAAUUCGUGAUAUGUAAUUCUAUCAUUUGGCGCCA